AUGGCUACUCCUCCUGUCUCUUUCACUCGCCUAAAGCAGAUUGCUACCGAUGUGUGCAACAACGCCAUUGGAAGCGUCGAGUUCUACGACCACGCGAAGACCGAGGAAUGGAACUCUUCUAUUAUUAACGCCCUUUUGAAGGCCGUCAUCUCAGAGGCUACCCCCCAGGGCGCCACCAACCCUUCAUACAAGUUCGCCUGCAACAGCACCAUAGUGCAGCACCUCGUCCCUACGUCGGCCCUGAACAAGGCCCGCGGCGGCAGCGAGACCAAGGAGGAGCCUCACAUCUCAACCAGCUCCGAGGCCACCGCCACAGACGGCAAGCCUCACGUCGGCCGCCGCGGCAUGCACAGCGCCACCGGAGCCUACUGGGACGAGAAGAAGGAUGGCAUGUGGACAUACAAGUACGACGGCGGAGAGAGCAAGGGACUGGACGUGGUCAUCAUGUUGAUCUGGGUUGCUAUCUAA